AUGGCUACGAAGGAUACGACCAAGUCAGUCAACAUUGCCACAACGACGUCUCCGACAGCAGCCGGAAUAGACAGCUCCACGGGCAGCCUCAGGGAGUCCGAAGGUAGCGAAUAUGAUGAGGCCACCACGAGGGCUGUGGAAAGACGACUUCGACUGAAGGUCGACUUGAGACUCUGCACCAUUGCAGGUCUGUUAUGCAGCCUCAAUCUGCUCGACAGUGGUAUCAUCAGUUCAGCUUCCGUCACCUCUAUGAUCUCGGACCUUGGCUUGAGCGGCCAGCGAUACAGCGUCGCCAUUUUCAUCUUCACAAUUGCCAGCAUCGCCUUUCAACUGCCUUCAACGAUUGCGGCCAGGACAUUUGGACCCCGGGUAUGGUUCCCGAUCAUCACGCUGGGCUUCGGACUGAUUACAAUGUGCACGGCGUUCAUGCACAACUGGAAAGAAAUGAUUGGGCUUCGGGUCUUGCUUGGUGUCGCCAUGAGUGGCGUCUACCCAGGACUCACCUAUUUGAUUAGCACAUGGUAUCCAAGGCACGAGCAACAGGUUCGUUUUGCGUUUGUGCAGACGGGACAGCUCAUUGUGCUGGCUACUGGAGGCAUCGUAAACUUUGGACUCAAUCACCUGAAUGGAAGGGCUGGGUUGGAAGGCUGGAGGUGGAUGUACCUGGUCCAAGGUCUGAUUACCAUCUUUCUCGGCUUCGUCACAUACUUCUGGAUCGUCGACUUUCCCGAAAACUCCCAUAAGAGCCUCUGGUUCCUGACAGAAGAAGAGCAGAAAGUAGCCGUCGCUCGGAUCGAAAAGGACAGGCAUGAUGUCCAGGCAGAACCGUUCACCUGGGCAGCAGUACUUCAGCAUGCGAAAGAUCCGAAGAUCUACGGCUUCGCUUGCAUGUACUUCCUUGUCAACAUCGUGACCACGGCGCUCUCCUACUUUCUACCCAUCAUACUCUCCGGCAUGGGCUUCGAUGAGAAUGAGUCUAUCAUCCUGUCUGCACCGCCGUACUAUUAUGCGACCAUUCCAGUCAUUCUCUCUUCGAUUGUCGGGGACAAGUUCAAUCUACGAGGACCGAUCAUCAUCUUCAACAGCAUCUGUCUCAUUGCCGGCUUCGGUAUGCUUGGCUUCGCGGACCAGGUCGCGGUGCGCUACAUCGGCACCUACCUAGCCACUGGUGCCUACGUGAGUAACUGGGCCGCCGUGACGACCUAUCAGACAUCCAACAUUGCAGGCCAAUGGAAGCGAGCCUUCGCAGCCGCGGUGUGUACUGCUAUGAAUGGAGCGGGUGGGAUCGCUGGCGCAUACAUUGUGAAAUCAAACGAGGCACCGACGUAUCCAACUGCAGUCUGGGUCUCUAUCGGGUCGCAUGUACUUCUGAUCGCACUUGUGCUGGCGUUCUCUGGCUACUUCUAUACCGCCAAUGAGAGACAACAGGCUGGCAAGGCUGUGUUGGAGGGUAUCGUUGGCUUUCGGUACACCUACUGA